ACUUUCGAUUCAACCUUCAAUAAAUAUGGAUACAGUAACGUCUAUUUGUUGUUCCGGUGUUCUAUUAUUACUAUUAUAUCACAAUUUUAAUUACUUACGAACUAAGGUAAAGCUCAUGUACUACAUGAGUAAAUUACCUUCUGAUACUAAAGAUCAUCCAAUUCUUACAAAUUUCGUAGAACUUCAAAAUGAUGAUGUAACCGUAUUCAAGAAACUUAGAGAAUGGAGCAGAACACUUGGCCCUGUUUACAAUUUGUCGAGUACCAUAUUUUUUCCAUCUCUUAACAUAUCGAGUCCUGAAGCUUUCGAGGCAAUUGCAGCAACAACAAAAAACAUUGAAAAACAUAAAGUGUAUACAUUUUUGAACUUAUGGUUAGGUGAGGGUUUAUUAACAAGUACAGGUACAAAAUGGCACACGAGAAGGAAGAUUUUAACACCAGCCUUCCAUUUCUCAAUUCUGCAACAAUUUAUAUCCAUCUUUAAUAGCGAGACGAAGAGACUGGUGGCUUCACUGAAAACUGAAUGUGACCAAUCAUGGAUAAAUGUAGUACCACAUAUCUCACAAUUUACCCUAUACUCGAUAGCAGAAACCUCGAUGGGUGCCGUUUUAAAUUUAGAAAACGAGGAAGACAAAAAAUACGUCUCGUCCAUCUACAAAGUCGGCAAAAUUUUGUACCAUCGAUUCAUGAGGCCUUGGCUGUUUUUAAACUUCAUUUUCUACUACUUAAGUCCGAGCGGUCGGUUAUGCAAACGACUAGUAAACGUAUUGCACAAUUUUACUAAUAACAUCAUCGAAGAAAGGAGUAAUACUUUCGAAAAAUUCGACGUACCUUCGGAUGACCACAGCAAUAUGUAUUCGAAAAGACGGAAAUUGGUGCUUCUGGAUCUGCUACUUAAUGCAAAAUUAUCGUACGGGAUAAUUGACGAUGAAGGUAUUAAAGACGAAGUCAAUACGUUUAUGUUUGAGGGUCACGAUACAACAGCUAAGUCCAUCUGUUUCACAUUGAUGCUGCUGGCUAAUCACAAAAACUAUCAAAACGAAGUUUACCAGGAGAUAAUAUCAGUUCUGGGCGACAAAAACGAGCCAGACAUCAAUGACUUAAGCGAAUUGAAAUUCAUGGAAAGGGUUAUCAAGGAAAGCUUGAGGCUUUAUCCUAGCGUUCCGUUUAUUGGUAGAACUGUAGAAGAAGAUAUGGUUGUCGAGGGUUAUUUUAUACCGCAAGAUACAGCAGUCAAUAUUCACAUAUUUGAUAUACACAGAAACGAGAAACACUGGCCGGAUCCCGAAAAAUUCGAUCCUGAGAGAUUUUUGCCCGACAACUGCAAUAAUCGCCAUCCGUUCGCUUUCGUUCCUUUCAGCGCAGGACCCAGGAAUUGCAUAGGACAGAAAUUUGCUUUACUGGAGUUGAAAGCCGUUCUGUGUGGAAUUUUGAAAACUUUUAUUUUAGAACCAGUGGAUACACCGCAAUCAAUCAAUUUGGUGCCUGAUCUUACUAUUCGCACCGCCGAUAACUCGUUAAAAGUUAAAUUCGUAUUGAGAUAAUUUCAGAGAAAGUAAAAAUGCAAUUCUGAAUUUCUUUUUACUUUAGCAAUCUCUUUACAAUUGUGAACGUUUAAACGUUCAUUAAAAGUGAAUAAUAAUUAAUCUUUCAUUGUCAAUUUAUUUUCAAUGGUGAAUCCAAUCGUUUGGGCAGGAUAAUGUAUAAUGAAUGGGUUAAAACUUUUAAUGAGCGAACAUUUGAACUAUAAAAAUGUUUUAUAAGUUUAUAAGUUUUAUAAGUUUU